UGAUGAUUUGGCUCGCUUUCAGCUGCAAUACACCUACUUCCACCGACCAGUAUUUGGCGCACACGGUUCCUUUUUGCUCAUGAAUGGUGCAGUCGAGAAUGCUGUCACUUGGGAUCUUGGAUCUUUGACUGAAGACUAUCAGUUUGCAACCUCGGCAUGGCAAAUGGGAUACAAAUGUGGCAAGAUUCCUGCUCUUGUUCGCGAACAGUCACCCAUUGAUUUGAUUGGGUUCCUCAAACAACGUCGUCGAUGGUAUGUUGGUAUCCGUCGUCUUCCUAUGCUUCUCCCCAAAAUCUGGGCCGCCUUUUGGACCCUUGGUAUUUUUGCUCUCUAUGGCACGAUUGCUUCUGUUUUUCUUGGUAUCUGGAUUCCUCUUGGUACACCUCGUUGGUUUGGUCUUCUCAAAGACUUUUCGUUUGUCACGUUUAUUUACUUGUACUUACUGGGUAUCUUUAUCCAAGAGGUAGAUCGAAAAACCAACCCAAUUAUGAUAUUUUUGCGGUUGAUCGUGACAGCAGUGUUGCAGUUUAUUGCUUGUGUGAUAGAAGCCAUGGCAAUCAUGUACGGCAUUAUUUUCCCUCCUGCCGACUUUGAUGUCAUUCGAAAAUAAAGUCCAUUUUUGGCUUUGUGAUUACCAAAAACUUGUUCAUCUUUUACACUCAUUCACGUAAAACAUUAAAAGUGCCAAACUACAUAAUAAACAUCCAAUUCCAUGAAAUG